AUGAAAAUGCCCUCCCAAGACUUCACCCAAAUUCCCAUCAUCGACCUCUCAUCACCCACCCCCCAAACCCUCUCUAACCUCCGCACUGCCCUCACAGACAUCGGCUUCCUCUACAUCUCCAACCACUCCGUCCCCACCUCCAUCAUAACAUCCCUCAUCAACAUCCUGCCAGACCUCUUCUCCCUUCCCCCAGAAGCAAAACAAGAAAUCGCCCUAGAAAAUUCACCGCACUUUUUAGGAUAUAGCGCUGCUGGGACGGAGACUACAGCUGGGAAAUAUGAUCUGAGAGAGCAGGUUGAGCUUGCGACAGAGCUUGAGAGAGCGCCUCAUGGGGCGCCGCUGUACGAUGGGUUGAGGGGACCGAAUCAAUGGCCGUCUGGUCUUCCCGAGCUGAAGGGUGUUGUUACGCGGUAUAUCGAUGAACUUACACUACUAGGGGAACGCUUUUUGAGACUUGUUGCGCGAGCUCUUGAUCUUCCGGAUGACAUCUUCUUCUCGUACUUGUCGGACCAACAUCGUCUCAAAUUGGUUCACUACCCUGCAUCAACAACGUCAUCCCAAGGCGUCGGUCCUCACAAAGACUCCUCAGGAUGGUGGACCUUUCUCCUCCAAGCAUCCCCCCAAGUAAACGGCCUGCAGGUCCUCAACAAAUCUGGCUCGUGGAUCGACGUCCCCGCCAUCCCGGACACUUUCGUCGUCAACAUCGGCCAAGCAUUCGAAGUCGUCACUAACGGCGUAUGCAAAGCGACAACACACCGCGUACUAUCCUCCCCAAAAGAACGAUUCAGCGUUCCCUUCUUUCAAGGUGUGCGACGUGAUUUGACGAGGGAGGAGGCGAUGACUUCGUUGAAGGAGCAUUUUGAAAGGUGGGGAAAAGGUAAGGAGGCGGGUGAGGCGGGAGCAGUGGAUAAUCCAUUUGUAAAGGGGUUGUACGAUACUUGGGGGGAGACGCAGUUGAGGACGAAGGUUAGGAGUCAUAGAGAGAUUGGGAGGAGGUUUUAUGGGGAGGUUUAUGAGAGGUAUAUUGAGGAUUCGUGA